UCUUUUUUCCCUUGUCCCAGGUAGGUGGCAUGAGCCUACGCAAGAAACCUUUCUCCUCUGAUACCAGAAAUGCCCUUAUGGAGGUUUUGGUGCUCCGAACCUGCAGGGUGCUGGGGGGGGACCCUGGGCCGGGGAGAGGCCGCGCCGCAGCGGAGCUUCGGUACCAGGGAUGGGAUUGAGAGAGCUCAUUCUGAUUGGCUGAUAGUAUUCGAAUCAGCGACCAAUCCUAGUGUGGUGUUUAAAAAGGACCAAUAGCAGAGCACUUCGGUCUGAGAAUAACGUCACUACGGUAGUUGUCCAAUGAAAGCGCUGCUUUCUGAUACCAGCGAUUUGCAUAAGGGCCCUAUAAAUACAGCAGUAAUCGCAUUAUCUGCCACUCCGCUGUGACUGCGCAGUCAGAGAGAGCAGCCAUGCCCGAGCCGGCCAAAUCCGCCCCCGCGCCCAAGAAGGGCUCUAAGAAGGCGGUGACCAAGACGCAGAAGAAGGGCGACAAGAAGCGCAAGAAGAGCCGCAAGGAGAGCUACUCCAUCUACGUGUACAAGGUGCUGAAGCAGGUGCACCCCGACACGGGCAUCUCGUCCAAGGCCAUGGGCAUCAUGAACUCCUUCGUCAACGACAUCUUCGAGCGCAUCGCG